AACGGCACUGUAGUUCCUCGUUAAACACCGCCAAUAUUAUUGAUUUUGUUUACGUGAAAACACGAGUAAAUAUCGCUUGGAAGUGAAAGGCAACUUGGAGAACCAGUUCCAUUUAUAAACCAGAUUGUGGAAACAGAAUAAAAUGUGUCAUCCUAGUUUUUUCUUCGUAAUAUUUUUUUAUUCUGUUCUGAGAUUUACCGAGGGACAUUCUUUACCCUCAUACAUUACACCCUGCAAUAGAUCCGACACGAACAUACACAAAUGCGUGGAGUCCAACAUUAAAAAAAUAAGACCUCAUCUAAAAGAGGGCAUCCCUGACCUCUUCAUUCCUUCACUGGACCCUUUGGUGAUACCUCCAACUUGCGUCAACGAGGAGGAUCAAGUGAAAGUUACUUUUACGGACAUUCAUAUUUACCAUGCAGACGAUUUCAACCUAAAUAGGUUCGAUAUCGACCUGAAGAAUCACGAGGUCAAUAUCACCAUCAAUUUUCCAUAUCUGAGGAUAAAGUCGACCUAUAACGUUAACGGGAAGUUCCUGGUUGUUACGUUUGAUGAGCAAGGACCUGCUGACGGAAACUACACUAAUUUCAACGUUCACCUAACGCUAAAAGGAAGUCCCUAUAUAGAAAAGGAACAGGAACACCUAAAGUGGGAAAAGAAAAACAUCUCAAUCGCAAUUGAACACUCACAUGUGGUUUUGGAGAAAUUGUUUGGGAAUCACACUGAUAUCGCCGAUAAGACUAACAAAGUGAUCAACGACAAUAUCGAUGUGAUUAUUAACGAUUUACAACCGCUGAUUGAAAAUGUAGUCGGUCAUUUCAUUUUUGGUAUUGUGAACGAAUUGUUUAGUAAAUAUUCUGUUAAGGAGUUGUUUGCUUGAUUAGCAUGUAAAUAUAUUCUGUAGUAGUUACCAGGUCUAGUGUUUGUAAUUUAAGUAUUAAUAAUAAUUUGUAUUUUUCGUA